AGUCUCGGCUCCAAGGGCAGGCGCCCAUCGGCGCGACACUCGGCCGGCCGCAGCGAAGUCGGCGGCCGAGUGAAGGCGGCUGAAGGCGGCAGGCGGCUGAAGGAUGUCCAGCGAGACGCUGAGCAACCUAAAGCGCCAAAGUUCACGGGUGGAGACCCUAGGCGCCUCGCUGAGAGAGUACAACAAGAAGAAGUUCGAGAGAAGCGGGUCGAAGAAGCGGAAGCCGAAGCUCCGAGAACUCGACAGCCCAGGAACAAUUGAAGGAGAAGAUCACUUCGGUGAGCACAAAGUUGUCGACGCAGCCCUUGGCCGAUGUCGUUGCUUCAAAAAAUCCCAGGGAGGAGACAUGGGCGCCGCAUCCGUGACUCUGGCAACAGAUGUGGAAGACCUGAAGCAGCACGUGCGACAGCGCUUGAACAAGACCACCUACUCCGUGAAGGACCUCUACAAGUCAGAAGGAUUCUGCCAGUGGAUUGCGAGAAGCAACUACUUCGAGAACUUUACGCUCUUCGUGAUCGCUGUGAACUCCCUGUGGAUAUGGAUCGACACCGACAACAACACAGCGUCGCUGAUCACCGAGGCCGCGGUGGAGUUCCAAAUCGCGGAGAACAUCUUCUGCGCCUUCUUCACCUUCGAGUGGUUGGUUCGACUGUUCGCAUUUCGGCGGAAGAUGACGGCGAUCACGGACUCCUGGUUCGUCUUCGACACGCUGCUCGUCUCACUCAUGAUAGUUGAGACCUGGUUCACGCCCUUGGUCAUGAGCGUCUUGCAACUCUCGAGCGAGGGCAUGGGUGACGCCACCAUCCUCCGCCUGGUGCGGUUGCUGAGAUUGGCCCGGAUGACGCGGGUGGCGAAGCUGCUGCGCGCCUUCCCCGAGGUGCUGAUCAUGAUCAAAGGCAUCAGCGCGGCAGCUCGCUCCGUGUUUUUCACCAUCUUCCUGCUGAUCUUAGUCUUGUACAUCUUUGGCAUUGCCUUCAAGCAAAUCUGUGAUGGUCUUCCCAUCGGCCGGGCCUCCUUCAGCACUGUGCCAGAGUCCAUGCUCACACUGCUCAUCCAUGGGGUGUUUAUGGAUGACAUGGCUGAGUUGGUGGCCCUUAUCCGUACUGACAGCUCCGUGGCCUUUGGAACGUUUAUCAUUUUCGUCCUCAUCGCCUCCAUCACCUUGAUGAAUAUGCUCAUUGGCGUGCUCUGCGAGGUGGUGUCCAUGGUGGGCCAAUCCGAGCGCGAGGAGCUCCUGGUGGAGUUUGUGAAGCGGGAGCUGCUGGACAUCAUCAUCGAGGCCGACGAGGAUGGCGAUGGCUUGAUGUCGCAUGCCGAGUUCCUGAAGAUUUUAGAGAGCCCGGAGGGCUUGCGCGCGCUGGAGACGGUGGGUGUUGAUCCCGUCGGGCUCAUCGACUAUGCAGACACCAUCUUUGCCAAGGAUGAUGGCGAUGGAUCGGAGGACACAGUGCUGUUCUCCCAUUUCAUGAACGAGAUCUUGCAGUUGAGAGGCUCCAACACUGCUACGGUCAAGGACCUGAUCAACAUGCGCAAGGUGGUAGAGAAGUCCAACAAGGAUGUGCGAAAAGACUUGGAGCGGUUAAACACCCAGUUGCUGCACCUGGAGGAAGCUGUGAAGGAGACGAGCGAGGGCCAGGACGACCCGAAAGCUAUCCUCCGAGCCUUAAACCACGGCACCAACGGCGUGGCGAAGCCACAGCCGAUGCCGCAGAUGCCGCAGAUGCAAUCGUCUGCGGGCGUCGCGACCUCGCGGGAUCUGUCGCCGGUGCCGCUGCGGGCGCACAUGCAAAGCAGCUUCCGCAAGACGGGGCAGAUUCUGCCCAACGUGCCCUUCGAAGAAGGGGCGGGCAGCAAAAGUGUGCCGAACCUGGAAGCGAGUUUGUCCCAGAAGCUGCAGGAAAUGCAGGACAUCCUCAACGAGCUGAUGUCAGGUCCACACAUAGGCGCCUCGGCGGCUCCGGCGGUUCGGAGGCUUCGGGACGAGAGCUCGGAGAGCCCGGUCCCACAGAAGCUUCGACAUGCAGCUCACGUAGGCGCGCCCCAAGGCGCGCCCCAAGGCGAAGGUGAUAGCGCCCUGCAGCGAUUGCAGGAGCGGCACCGGCGCGACUCCUCGCGCACCCGCUACGCGCUGCGGGUCUACGGCAGGCCCGCGGAGGUGGUGGAUGAAUUCCCACGGGGCCGAGUACAAGCGAGAUUUAUGCGGCGGCCCUCACGAAGUCCUGGCUCGUAAAGCGAGCCAAGUGACACGUUGGCCCGUUGCCCCGCGCGUCCGGCGCGCCGUUGGCCCCGCGCGUCUCACUUUGGCGUUUGCGGGUCGAAGACCCGAGCAGUCAAGCACAUCGAGCAUCUGAUUGGGAGGCUCGUGAUCGGACAGGCGAAUCUGACCCCCUCCCA